CCUCAAUUCUCGCCACUAACCAUAUAUAAUGACAGUUUCCCCUUCAAGCUUAAGAACCAUAUAUCUUCAAUUCAAUAGCAAUGACCAACUCAGACCCACCUCUCCUUAACCAUUAUGUAGCACCUUCGAGCCACUCGACUCGAUGUGACGAACCUCAAACCCGACUCGUUAUCGAAGAAUGCCGACUUCCUUCGAUCGACUUGAGUGGUCUAAGUAGUCGAGACGGAACGGUUCGCCGAGCUUGUGUAUCUACCAUUUGUCGAGCAUCAUCGGAAUGGGGAUUCUUCCAAGUGUUGAACCAUGGGAUUAGCCCUAGACUAAUUGAGAAAAUGAGAAGUGAACAAGUGAAGUUGUUCACAACACCCUUUGAAAGGAAAGCUAGUAGUGGACUAUUGAAUAAUUCCUACAGGUGGGGAAAUCCAAGGGCUACUUGUCCUAAACAAUUCUCCUGGUCCGAGGCUUUCCAUGUCCCUCUUACCAAGGUUUCGGAUGAAGCUUGUUAUGGAGAGUUUAUAUCUUUACGGGAAGUGAUGACGGAAUUUGCGGCUGAGAUGUCAAAGUUGGCUAGACUACUAGGAGGGGUUUUGACAGAGAAUUUGGGGUACGGGAAAGAAGUGAUCAGCAAAUUAUGCGACGAAAACACCUGCUUCCUUCGCCUGAAUCACUACCCGGCAUGUCUGAUAUCUCCGGGGAUAUUGGGUUUAGUGGCACACACCGACAGUGAUUUCCUAACAAUUCUAUGUCAAGAUCAGGUAGGAGGACUUCAAGUCAUGAAGGACUCCAAGUGGGUAUCUGUCAAACCUAACCAAGACGCUCUUAUAGUCAACAUUGGCGACCUAUUCCAGGCAUGGAGCAAUGGUGUUUACAAAAGCGUGGAGCACAAGGUGGUGACUAAUGCCAAGAUGGAGAGAUAUUCCAUAGCUUAUUUCCUGUGCCCGUCGUACGAUUCUGUGAUCGGGAGCUUCGAACAACCGUCGAUGUACCGGAAAUUUACUUUCGGGGAAUACAGAGACCAAGUUCAAGAAGAUGUAAGAAAAACCGGCUACAAGGUUGGCCUUCCAAGGUUUCUAGUUAAUGGCACAGUACACCAAUGAUCGACAUUUAUUUCAAUAUGGCACUUAAUAAGGCCUAAUUACUGGG